GGGUGAUUCACAGCGAGGACGAUGCUCGGGGCUCUGCAGCGCUAGCUGUGCUCUCUGCACGGAGCCAUGACUCCAGGAUUUGGAAGCCUCAUGCAGGAUGUGCUGUGGUGCUUCAGUCAAGUAAAAGGAACUAUAGAUACUGGGGUGACAGAAGCUGACAUCAUCUCCACAGUUGAGUUCAACCACACUGGAGAGCUGCUGGCAACAGGGGACAAGGGGGGCCGGGUUGUAAUAUUCCAGCGUGAGCAGGAGAGCAAGAACCAGCCCCACCGCAGGGGAGAGUACAAUGUCUACAGCACCUUCCAGAGCCACGAGCCGGAGUUCGAUUACCUGAAGAGCCUGGAGAUCGAGGAGAAGAUCAACAAGAUCCGAUGGCUGCCGCAGCAGAACGCGGCGUAUUUCCUGCUCUCCACCAACGAUAAGACUGUGAAGCUCUGGAAGGUCAGCGAGCGGGACAAGAGACCGGAGGGGUACAACCUCAAGGAUGAGGAGGGGCGUCUGCGAGACCCCUCCAUGAUCACCGUGCUGCGGGUGCCCGUGCUGCGGCCCAUGGACCUGAUGGUGGAGGCCACUCCUCGCAGGGUGUUCGCCAACGCCCACACCUACCACAUCAACUCCAUCUCUGUCAACAGCGACUACGAGACCUACAUGUCCGCCGACGACCUGAGGAUAAACCUGUGGAACUUUGAAAUCACCAACCAGAGCUUUAACAUCGUGGACAUCAAACCGGCCAACAUGGAGGAGCUGACCGAGGUGAUCACGGCAGCCGAGUUCCACCCGCACCACUGCAACACCUUCGUGUACAGCAGCAGCAAGGGCACCAUCCGCCUGUGCGACAUGCGCACGGCCGCGCUCUGCGACCGCCACGCCAAGUUUUUUGAAGAGCCUGAAGACCCAAGUAACCGGUCAUUUUUUUCUGAGAUCAUCUCCUCAAUCUCUGAUGUCAAAUUCAGCCACAGUGGAAGGUACAUCAUGACCCGGGACUACCUCACUGUCAAGGUGUGGGACCUGAACAUGGAGAACCGGCCCAUUGAGACCUACCAGGUCCAUGACUACCUGCGGAGCAAGCUCUGCUCCCUCUACGAGAACGACUGCAUCUUUGACAAGUUCGAGUGUGUCUGGAACGGCUCUGACAGUGUCAUCAUGACCGGCUCCUACAACAACUUCUUCCGCAUGUUCGACCGCAACACCAAGCGCGACGUGACGCUGGAGGCGUCGCGGGAGAACAGCAAACCCCGCGCCGUGCUCAAGCCCCGCAAGGUCUGCGUGGGCGGGAAGCGCAGGAAGGACGAGAUCAGCGUGGACAGUCUGGACUUUAGCAAAAAGAUCCUGCACACAGCUUGGCACCCCUCCGAGAACAUCAUUGCUGUGGCAGCUACAAACAACCUGUACAUAUUCCAGGACAAGGUUAACUAGGAGGGCAGGUGUUCCUUAGGAGUCUCGUACUGAUACCAGUGAACACAAGG